UGUAAACCCUCCAAAGUCUAAACCCCUUGUAUUUUACCCCUUCCCAAGUCAACACAAAAGGGUUUAUUAUCAAUGGAUUCUCAACCUGUUGAACCUGUCAGUUACAUCUGUGGAGAUUGUGGGCAAGAAAAUACCCUGAAGCCUGGUGAUGUGAUACAGUGCCGUGAAUGUGGUUAUCGUAUUCUUUACAAGAAGCGUACUCGCAGAAUUGUGCAGUAUGAAGCUCGCUGAUGCUUGAAGCCAUUUCAGUGUCGAUACGCAAUUGAUUUUGAAAAGCAGCUAUAGUGCUGCUCCUAUGGAAGUAGAUGUUAAGAAUGUAAUAACUGCUACUGUUAAAAAUUAUGCUUUUCAGCAUGGCCAUCGUGUGUUGUUAGUCUAUAUGGCACGUUCAACUCAAACUCAGUGUGGUUGAGCAUUGUAGAAAAUUUUAAAAAACAAGGUCUUGUGGAGAAUCUGUUUAUGUUAAAAUCUUCAUGACU